AUGUUCGAAACAACUAUAUCCUACGUUUGGGGUCAGCUCAAGGCUGCCAAGCCUGCGUUCAUCUCCAAGAAGCCCCAUUUCAGCUUCAUCACUGUUCACUACUUUUGGAUCAUUGGGGCAACCAUCGUCGGCUCGAUUGCCAUGUUUGUGGGAGGCAAGGGCGAAUUAGCUUACAUUGAUGCGUUGAUGUUUGCUAGUGGUGCGAAUACGCAGGCUGGGUUAAACCCUGUCGACGUAAACCGCCUUAAUGGAUUCCAGCAAGCUAUGAUCUAUCUGUUCUCCGUGACGUCAAAUCCCAUCACUCUCCAUGGCUUUGUGGUAUUUCUGCGUUUAUACUGGUUUGAGAAACGUUUUCGAAGCUGGGCACGGGAGAUUCGAUCUCGACGCCGAACUCUGACCAAAUCAAAGUCAAAAGCCCGAAAUGAUGUACACCUGGCUGAACAGGGCGUCAACGGUCGAGACAUCACGCUCAUGCCACAAAAUGGCCGAAAACAGAGGAUCACGAAUGACGGUAUUCUGCUGGACGAUGGCCAUGAAACCCAACACAACGCUGAAGUUGCCAACAAGAGUGAUGAAAGCGACACCACAACCGCCACAGAUGAUCAGCCAAAGCUAUCUGAGCCCAACCAUCCGGAGAAAUCAGACGGUUCGCCCCAAGACCAUGGAGCAGGUGAAAAUCGCACGACUAGCCUUCCAGGCCACACGGCCAUCACUUUCGCAGACACUGUCAAAAGAAGUGACGGCUUAGGUGAUGAGGAAACUAAGUUUCCUCAAAGACGAACGAAUGCAGAACACAUUGCAAUUCUGGAGAGACAGCGCAACCAAGACGAUGAUGAGGUCCUUCGCAUCCCUGGCCCGCGCGAUGCAGAACGUGGAUUAGGUCCCAGACGACUGGAAGCAAGUGAUAUGGACGAAGAUGAUAAUAGACUUGCACGGUCUCAGACAGCAGAAACCUUUCCAGGAGGCGUCGCUCAACCAGGACGUAUACGCGAACGGCAGUCAACAAUCGUCAUUGCCGAACCUGAGAAGCAUCAUCGCCGGGAAGAGAUAGAAGAAAAGGCCAAAGCAAUUGGCGGUACCAUGGAUGCCCUGAGAUAUCGCAAGCCCCGCAUCUUCAACCCUUCGCAGAAUAAGCAUCACGAAGAUGAAGAAGAUGGAAGACGUACCAGGCCGGUCCGCACGCGCACACUGGACAACAUCCGUUCCGUGUUGUCCAGUUCCAAGACUGAGGAUAUGCCAUAUCUCUCCUAUACACCUACCAUGGGUCGAAACUCCAACUUUGUUGGCUUAACACUUGAACAACGCGAGGAACUUGGUGGUAUUGAGUACCGUUCGCUGAGGACACUUGCAAUCGUUCUUUUAGUCUACUUUUGGGGGUUUCAUCUUGUGAUUCUGACUUGCCUAUUGCCCUUUAUACUCCAUAAUGACCAUUAUGGAGACAUUGUGGUUGCUGAUGGCGUGUCAAGAACUUGGUGGGGUUUUUUCACCUCCAAUGUUGCCUUUAUGGACGUUGGCUUUACCCUCACUCCUGACAGUAUGAUCUCUUUCAACACAUCUGCCUUUUGCUUGAUGGUAAUGUGGUUUUUUAUCAUUAUCGGAAAUACAGGUUUCCCGGUAAUGCUACGCUUUAUCAUUUGGGUUGCCGCCAAGCUCGCCCCCGUUGGCUCGGGAAUAUGGGAGGAACUUCGGUUUCUACUUGACCACCCACGUCGCUGCUUCACACUGUUGUUCCCAUCAGGUCCGAAUUGGUGGUUAUUUUGGAUUCUGGUUGUGUUGAACGCUGUCGACUUGUUGUUCUUCAUGGUUCUCGACCUUGGAGGUGAACCUAUUGCUAAGCUGAGCGUUAGCAAUCGGGUUGUCAUUGGAUUCUUUCAGGCUGCGUCUACAAGAACAGCUGGGUUCUCUGCCGUUGCCAUGUCAGAGAUUCAUCCAGCAAUUCCAGUUCUAUAUCUGAUCAUGAUGUACAUUUCUGUCUUCCCCAUCGCCAUUUCCAUUCGUCGCACCAACGUCUACGAGGAAAAGUCUCUUGGCAUGUACCAGCCGAAUCAUGUGGAAGACGACCAGGAUGCUAGUGCUCUGUCGUAUGUUGGAACUCAUUUACGUCGCCAACUAUCCUUCGAUUUGUGGUACGUCUUUCUGGGAUUUUUCAUCAUCACUAUCAGUGAAGGUGCGAAGAUUGUGGCCGGCAGAUUCUCCUUGUUUGACAUUUUAUUCGAAGUCGUGAGCGCUUACGGGACCGUGGGAUUGAGUAUGGGUGCUGCCGGAGUCAAUGCCUCUCUGUGCUCUCAAUUUUCUGUCGUUGGCAAGCUGGUUAUCGUGGCCAUGGAAAUUCGCGGUCGUCAUCGUGGCCUGCCCUAUGGUCUCGACAGGGCUAUUCUUCUGCCUAGCGAAUCCAGAUUUAGGAAAGAAGCAGAAGAGCAAGAAGCCGCAUUGGCGAGAACCAAUACUGCUCUCACACAUGCCACUGCGUCCGGCAUUCAGCAUCAAGACAUCAAUUUGACUCGGACCCGAAGUAAGAGCCGUGAGCAUGUCCGAGCCAACAGCAACAUUGUUGCGCAAUUGCUACAACCUGGGCCUGCCGUACACCGAGAGGGCCCAUCACAUCAGCGCAUGAGCUCUAAAGACUCCCAUGGUCAUCCUUUCGGGUCGAUGAGAACCUUUUCUGAGCCUCAUCCGGAUGACGAGCAAAUGGAUGAAUUGGCUCCUUUACCCAGUUCUGGGUCAAAGCCAUGGAACCGGAGAGUAGAUUCUGCCCCAGUGUCUUAG